GCAAGUGAAGAUGUUAAAGAUAUCUUUGCCAGAGCAAGAAAUGGAAAAUACAGAGUUCUGAAAAUAUCUAUUGAAAAUGAGAAACUUGUGAUUGGAUCAUGUAGGCAGCCUUCAGACGCCUGGGAUAAGGAUUAUGAUUCCUUUGUUUUACCCCUGUUGGAGGACAAACAACCAUGCUAUAUAUUAUUCAGAUUAGAUUCUCAGAACGCCCAGGGAUAUGAAUGGAUAUUCAUUGCGUGGUCUCCAGACCAUUCUCAUGUUCGUCAAAAAAUGUUGUAUGCAGCAACAAGAGCAACUCUGAAAAAGGAGUUUGGGGGUGGCCACAUUAAGGACGAAUUAUUUGGAACAGUAAAGGAAGAUGUAUCAUUACAUGGAUAUAAAAAAUACCUGCUGUCACAGUCUUCUCCUGCCCCACUGACUGCAGCUGAGGAAGAAUUACGACAGAUUAAAAUUAAUGAGGUACAAACUGACGUGAGUGUGGACACGAAGCAUCAAACACUACAAGGAGUAGCAUUUCCUAUUUCUCGAGAAGCUUUUCAGGCCUUGGAAAAAUUGAAUAACAGACAGCUCAACUACGUGCAGUUGGAAAUAGAUAUAAAAAAUGAAAUUAUAAUUUUGGCCAACACAAUAAAUACAGAACUGAAAGAUUUGCCAAAGAGGAUUCCCAAGGAUUCAGCACGCUACCAUUUCUUUCUGUAUAAACAUACCCAUGAAGGAGACUAUUUGGAGUCUAUAGUUUUUAUUUAUUCAAUGCCUGGAUACACAUGCAGUAUAAGAGAACGAAUGCUGUAUUCUAGCUGCAAGAGCCCUUUGCUAGAAAUCGUAGAAAGACAGCUACAAAUGGAUGUCAUUAGAAAGAUCGAGAUAGAUGACGGGGAUGAGCUGACUGCAGACUUCCUUUAUGAAGAAGUCCACCCCAAGCAGCACGCACAUAAGCAGAGUUUUGCAAAACCAAAAGGUCCUCCAGGGAAAAGAGGAAUUCGAAGACUAAUUAGGGGUCCGGCUGAAACUGAAGCCACUACUGAUUAAAAUUAUGAUAUUAGCUAUUACAAUACUAGUUUUUUAAAAGUCCAGCUUUUAGUACAGGAGAACUGAAAUCAUUCCAUGUUGAUAAAUAGUGGGGGAAAAAUUGUACUUUUUGAAAAUUAGCACUUUUCACUUCUGUGUGUUUUUAAAGUUAAUGUAAUAGAAGACUCAUGGUUUCUAAUUUUGAGUUAAAGCUAGAAAAGGGUUUGACGUCAUGAUGUUUAAUUUCGUCACAGUUUUCAUAACGAUGAUUCCACACUUUCACAUAAUUCUUAAAAUUUUAUACAGUUGGGCCAAUUUCAGAGAGUCUAAUGUCUAAAAGUAAGAUGCAAUUCUUAUUACUCUUUAGUGAGGCAUCUUUUUUUUUUUUUAAGGGAGAGAGAAAGACCUUAAAAUAUUCAUUCCACUUAAUGAAUAUGUUAGGGACCAGGAUAGAUUAUUUUCUAAGCUGAAAGCUUCACGUGCCUAGGAAAAGCGGGAACGUUGCUCACCAUGAGGAGCAGUGCUUGCUCAGACCUUGGGGUCGUGUCUGCUCACUUUGAGAACCAGUGGUUUAUUGCAGCAGUCUUUUCUGUUUGACUUCUUUGGUUUUUUAAAUGGCAUUAAAAUUUCAGAAGAUCAGCUCACUCUGAAGCCUAAAGGGUACCAGAUAUUUUCUAUACUGCAGGAUUUCUGAUGACUUUGAAAGACACAUUUAAACAGCUUUAGGAAACUCUCUUUCCAGUGCUUGAAGCAUUUUCCAUUUCAAAAGUAAGUCAUUUCAUGUAAGUAGUGUGAGGCCAAAUAUUUAUGUUCAGUUGAAUAUUAAUAUUAUUCAAAAGCAAACAAACUAAAGGCAAUGUAGAAAAAGUUUUAAACAUCAAGAUUGAUUUUUCUCCAACACCGUAUUUAUAGGCAAAUUGUGUUUUUUGUCACUUUUGGGCAAAUACUCAGAUUUAACAGAAUUCUUUUAAACUCCUAGUGCUCAUCAGUGUAACACAGAUAAGCACUUAAGAAUCUUGUUUCAAUUUAUAUCUUAUUUCAAAACACAUUUAACUGUUUUCUAAAGCUUUGCAUUUUCGGUUACAACCUACAGAGAUUUUGAGCCUCAUUUUCUUUGCUACUUGAAGUAGUAGGGGCUGGAACACUUUGUCAUGUUGAAUCCGGUAAACCUGCUGCCAGAGCCAUCAUUUUGAGGAGUUUUCUAAGUGAACCGUGGGGAUCCAGGACUUAGAAUUUCUUGAUCUAAACGUUGUGCUGCAUAAAACAAAUAUCAGAAAUGCACAUUCAUAGUAUAAAAUAUGAAACACUCAUUUUUACACUUUAUUAUCUAAGGUAAUAUAUGCACCUUUCAGAAACUCAAUGUGUGUUCAAGUAAAGCACGUUAGAGUAAUUAUUUUAUUAUGCGUUGACAGAUUGUUUUACCCCCUAGAAUUAAGAGUAUUUGUGUGAGGUUUUGUUUGUUUACAGAUAAUCAGACUAUAAUAUUUAAACAUGCAGACUAAUUGGCAGUAACGUUGCACUUGUUUAUGAAAGAUACACUUUACGUUUUUCUGUGGGUGCACGUGGGCGCGUGCACACACACACACAAACACACACACUACUGCAUUGAGUCCUGGAUUUGUGUUGUCUAUCAUAGACCAAGCUGCUGAAGCUGUUACUUUCAGUGAGGAAGAAUGUUAACCUGUCUUGAAGGCAUAAAAUAAUUUAGUAGUGGGUCCAUGUGCAAUUAUACCCUUAACUUCUACUACACUACAUGAAAGUUAAGUGGACAUUCCAGAAUUUAGAUGUGAUUAUGUAAUCUUUAAUUACUAUUAAACCAAUGAUUGUUGGAAAUCAGUGAUGCAUUUGUGAUAGAGUGUAACCCGUCGUUUACAGUAUGUUUCAGGUGAUGUCAUAACAAUAGAAGGUGAAUAAAAUAUUCCCAGUAAAUUUAUAUAGCAGUGGAGAAUUACAUGCCUUCUGUGGACAUUUUAUAAGUACAUUUUAUAUCGCAAUAAAAUUUUUUCUCUUUAAAUUGUGUACUAA